GCGCAGCCCCGCGCCCGGCAUGGGCAGCGCCCGCCUCCCGCACCUGCGCCGAGGCGCCCCCGAGCCGGGCACCCCUGGGCCGCGGCAUUGAUGCGGGAGCCCCCCCGAUGGCCGCCCGCGAGGAGCAGGGCGCCGGGCCGGCGCGGGGGCAGUGGCGGGCAGGGCGUUGCGCGGAGGGGCCCGGGGCUGCCCGCCUCCGGCGGCUGCUGCUGCUGCUGCUCGUCCUGCUGCCCGGGGCCCGCGCGCAGCACGGUACCAAACAACAGCAAAUAAAUGUUGCUCCCUCUACAAAGUCUCUUGCCAACUGGAGAUCUAGAUUAUCACCAACAUGGCCUUCCAUGGAUAUUAAGUCCUCCUCAGUGGCUGACAUUUCGAUGGGACAGACCCUGGAGAAUGCAAACUUGCUUCAGAUGAUAAAAACAACUCUCACUGGCACACGUACCAGAAUUAUGGAUCAAACCAAUUUUUCACCAGCUCUUUACCAGGGCAGUGGUAAUAGUGCAUCCCAGGAGCCUGCUGAAGUUUCAGCUGAAUCACCAUUCAGACCAUCAUCUCAAGAUGCAGAUGAAAAAGCUGCUGUAUCAGGUUUGCCUCAACUCAGUAUGUUUGCCACAUUGUCCACAACACCAUCAGUGACACAUUCAAGUACUGCUGUGCCAUCUCAGCUAAUAUCAUUAGAUACACCCUCCAUUUCAAAAGAAAGCACACCAGGAUCAGGCAUUCCUUCAACUGUUCCAUCACCAUCAUUUUCUUCAUCACCUCAUACCAUUAUCUUUGCUAAGUCUACUGUGCUACCCACCAAAGUGCCUUUAUCCACAGACACUGAAAGUUCCAUCAACAGAGAUUCAAGUAGUUCUCACGUUAGUGCAAACAGGGGCAACUCACGAAGUGUGGGCACUGCUGUAAAUCCCAGCACAGUGAAUCACACAUUAUCAAGAAAAGGGCCCAGACUGCUUACAGGUACGACAUCUCUUAAUAUCUUUGGAUCAACGAUGGUGCAUUUGACAAAGACACUGGCAAGGGAGUCACCCUUAGAAAGUACUGCCUUCUUAUCUUUACACACUUCUGCUCCUCUGUCAGUAAUGUUAUAUCCAUCCUCCCAACCAGUAGCUUCCAAAAGUGCAUCAUGGCUUCCUAUACGAAGAACGUCCUUGUCUCAUUCAAGAGAUGAUGUGUCAUCUUCUAGAGAAAAUCUUUCCAAUCAGCCAUUCAAAGCAGUGGUGACUGACAAAGAGAAUUAUAGCAGUCUAACUGUGUCACCAGAAAUCUUUAAGAAUAAAUCAGAAAUUUACACGAAUAAUACUUUAUUCCUCCAUACUAUGGAUUUUCUACACACAUUACUGAAAGUGACAAGUCAUCAGUCUUCUUCAGCAUUGACUAAUGACAUGCUAGGUUCUCUCAGGCCAGUAUUUCUUUCACCAGCUUCUGUGAGUCCAUUGGGAGUCUCCCAUUCAACAGAAAAUAAGUCUUCCUUCACAAUGCCAAAAACAUUUUUUACAGAUGCACUAAACACUAGCAAUGCAGUAUUUCCAGCACCAGCAAAUGAAUCAGAUUUUCUUGUUAAAAAUGCCACCCUCCCCUAUUCAACAGAUACAACGACUUCCUUAAUAACUAAGGCAAAUCAGACCUCUAAUAUUACAGCACUUAUUAAAAAUGCUACAAAUUAUGAGAACACAUUGAUGUUCUCACUAGUAAAUAUUUCAUUACCUCAUUCAACAGUGUCAGCCAAUGAGGUUUUUUCAAAGGAAGUAACUCAUGCACCUCCUGAAGCUAAUGCCAUGCUACCAACUGAGUUUGAACCACCACAACUUUCUGAUGUUUCUUCAAUGAGAGCAGCAGCCUAUCGAUCUUUUACAAGAGAUACUGUAGCCAAAAUAUACACCAACAUGGAAGCUAACCGUGUCGUGCCACACGAUUCUCAAUACUCCAGACCUCCUUCAGAAUCGCCUGCUAGUGAACACACCACAAGAACAACAAUGCUUGAAAGAAUUUUGCAAACAGAAAGCAUGAGUCCUCUUACACCUGUUACAUCAUUGGCGACUUCCACUGCAGGCUUUUCAAAAUUUAUACACGCUAUCAUAAAGACAUCUGCUCUUUAUAAUUCUAAAACUUCACAGGUUUCAAGUCCUAAUGGACAAAGUCUGGCAGAUUUAAUAGAUAAUGAAGAAAGCAACGUGGAAGCAUCUACCAUUGUCACGCCACGUACAGAAUACUUACAUCUACCACCCUUAAAUAAAUCUGAAGUUACCAGUGGUCAGUUUUCAAAUGCAAGUUAUUCAAAUGCAUUUACUCCUAUUGUGUCCUCAGAACUCUAUAAAUUGUCGCCAUAUGUUCCAGUGACAGAAACUACAUUCAGCAAAGCCUCAACCGUCUCUAUUUCAACUGCUGUCCCAGAAAACAGUUUAGAUACUACAAAAUCUCCAAAAGCCUCAGCUUUAGCUUCUAAAUGGCCCCUUACAGCCUUGAUUUCUAGUGGUUCUUCAACAAAAGAAACAGCCAAAAUGGCAAUAACAGAAGUUAUUCCAAGCACUUCUUCAUUAGAAACUGAUUAUCGUGGCAUAGAUUCAGCCAUCUCGCAUCUACAACAGCAAAUAAAUAACAUUAGGAGCAAACAAACAACCAUCUCUCUGACUUCAGCAACCUAUACCUCUGCAACAUCAAAUCAUAAUUCUUCAUUUUCACCUGUUGUUGGAAUCAAGACUAAAAAUUUCACAAACUUUAACCUGUAUUCAUCUGCUUUAGAAAUGUCUACUGUUCAAUAUUCAUCCCCUUCCCCCACUAUGGUAAUACCUGCAGCUCAGUCAGAAAAGCAUAUCAACACACCUCAAAAUGUCACUAAAUUGUUUACCAGCAGGGAUGUUAAUCUCACCUCAAAAUCUGAAACAUCAGUGCAUGUGUUUGUGCCAGCAGCUAAGGAUUUUGCAGCUAAUGGUAUGAGCACUGUUUCUAGCAUGCUGAGUUCUGAUACAGCUAAUGCUGAAAAAGUCUCUUCAACAAAUACUUUAUAUUCAACACCAUCUGAACUCGGACUGGCUUCUCAAUUCACUGGCAACUGGGCUGUUUCAGCUGAUAAUGAAAUAGUUAUCAGUGAUACACAACCAACAAUUUCUCCCUCUCUAGUAGUCAAAUCAUCCUCAAGCUCAGCAUUGAUAUCCAGUCCUAUUACAGAAGAAUACAUGACUCCUGGAAAUCAGAGGGACUUUUCAAAUAACUCUCUUUCAGAACCAUCUAGCCAGCUGACUACUAUUGUCCAAAAUCCAACUAUAUUAGUUCCUGUACCUAAUGAAGUUACUGAGGGCGCCCCAUUGCAAACACCUACCACCAGUGCUUUGCAGUCAGUCAUCAUAACUUCUGUCCAUGAAUCACCAACACCACUAACUUCUGCUUUUUUGUCAACAACCAACUUUACCCAUUCUGUCAUUACAGUGUUAUCUUCAGUGUCUCCUGGUGCAAUACCUACAGUAGGAACUUCAGAAGCAAAACCAUUUACAGGAGAAUCAGCUCCAACUUCACCAGUGCCAACUUCAUCCUUGUUUUCUCUAGGCACUGAAAACACACCCCUGCCACCUGUGAUGGCAUUAAGCACACUGAUAUCAACACUUGCAAAAAAUAACACUGCCACAAAAAUGACAUCGAUUCUAAACUCAGUAGCAACACACACAGGCUUUCCAUUUGCACCAAGAAACAUAUCUAUGUCACCCCCACGCACUGCUACUAUAUUUCUAACCUCUAAAGUUAGCAGAGUCCCAGGUUCCACACUAGGAUCCACAACACAUACACCAAGACAGAUAGAAACAACAGUACCUGACACCAUGAAAAUCACAAGCUCAGAAAUCACCAAAACAUCAACUCCCUACCCACUGACAAUUACAGCAGCUUUGACAUCUAUUACAGCAUCAGCGAAAACAACUAGGCUUCCUCCUACCCCAGUGGAAAGCACUUCUGCUGCUCCUGCAACUUCAAGCGCAGCUUUUGCUAACACGACUGCAGUUCCUGCCUUGGAAUGCCAGCAGUCCAGGAACCUUAUGGUUAAAACAGUUUUGCUUCUGAACACAAGAAGGCUGCUGAUCAGUGGUUCCUUAAAAGAGAAUGUGACAAAAGGACUCACCCUGGUCUUGCGACAGGCUUUCAACCAAAAUGUCAAUGCUCAAGUUGAAAUUCUGGAACAAUCAAAUAACGUGACAGUUGGUUACUACGUUACACAGGGGAGGUUGGUUUUUAUACCUGCUGCAGUUAUUGAAAUGCUUAUUGCUUAUGGUGUUAGCAAUGCCACAGCAGACAUAAAGCAGCAUGUGCCAAAUCUUCAGUCUGUUGCUGUACUGGCUUUGCCAUGGAAUCCAUUGCCUGCCUACCACUUCCAGCUGAAAACAGAGCUGCAGUUUGUGGGUCAAACAGACAAUAUACAGUCAUGCAAGUUUGUUCAGACCAUGGAACAGCGGUUACAGAGAGCAUUCCAGGAUGCUGAAAGGAAGGUCUUAAACACCAGCAACAACUUAACAGUUCAGAUUUUGAACACAUCAAAUAUUUCCCAGGGUGUCACCUUAUUUUAUGUGGUGAGCAAUCAAAGCACAACUCUAAACGGCACGGUUUCCAGCAACCUGCUUAAUCAGCUCUCAGCUGAACUGGUGGGAUUCUAUCUUACCUAUCCACCUCUGACUAUUGCCGAAUCUUUGGAGUAUCCAAACCUUGAUGUCUCAGAAUCAACUAGAGAUUACUGGGUGAUUACAGUUAUACAAGGGGUCGACAUUACAUUAUUGGGAUUGAACAACCAGAGCUUUGCAAGACUGAUGGAGCAGCGUCUGGCCCCACUGUUCAUGAUGUCCCAUCAACAAGGAAGACGAUUUAAACGUGCUACUACAGUGGGCAGCUACACUGUGCAGAUGGUAAAAAUGCAGCGUAUUCCAGGUCCCAAGGAGCCUGCUGAACUGACUUACUAUACUUUAUACAAUGCAAAACCGUUGCUGGGCACUGCAGCUGCCAAAAUUCUGAGCACUGUUGAUUCACAAAGGAUGGCCUUGACAUUAGGUUAUGUCAUCCAAGUACAAGCUGAUCCUGUGGUGAAAAACCCACCAAACAACUUGUGGAUCAUUGCGGCUGUGUUGGCUCCUAUUGCUGUGGUUACAGUUAUCAUUAUCAUCAUCACAGCAGUUCUGUGCAGGAAGAACAAGAAUGACUUCAAGCCAGACACCAUGAUGAAUCUGCCUCAAAGAGCUAAACCUGUGCAAGGCUUUGACUAUGCCAAGCAACAUUUAGGUCAGCAGGGAGCUGAAGAUGAGGUUUUGCCUGUAACUCAGGAGACUGUAGUGCUACCACUUCCAGUUAGAGAUGCACCUGCCUCUCAGGAAAGAGAAAUUACUCAAGAUGGAAGCACCAUUAAAACUGCCAAGUCCAAUGAAACAAGGAAAAGCAGGUCGCCUAGUCAGAACGGUUCUGUCAUCACCAACGAAUCAGGAAAGCCCAGUUCAGGCAGAAGCUCUCCACAGAAAGUAAUGGCACAGCAGAAAGUGACAAAAGAUGAGGGAAGAAAAAGAAAUGGUUUUAAAUCCUCAAAGAAUAUUGUGCCCAUAAGUGAUGAAGAGGAAGGAGACAUUCUCUUUGAUAACAGCAUUGCUAAGUCUGCCAUUGAUCCCUUCGACACAUCUUCUGGAUCUGUACAACUGAUUGCUAUAAAACCUAUGGCAUUGCCUCCUGUCCAUGCUGCAUCAGAUAGGAGCCAGGAAUCUGCCAUCAUUAAUGGGGAGGUGAACAAAGCCUUGAAGCAGAAGUCUGACAUAGAACAUUAUCGCAACAAGCUGCGCUUGAAAGCCAAGAGGAAAGGGUACUACGAUUUUCCUCAGGUUGAUAACAAUAAGGGACUGACAGAAAGAAGAAAGCUAUAUGAAAAACCUCAAAAAGAAAUAGAUCAUGGUUUGGAUCCAGAAAUAGAUGUAUCUUCUCCAUUUGCAGAGCCUAAAAACAGGCAACAGAUGAAGAAUUCUGUGUAUAGAAGCAGGCAGUCUCUGAACAGUCCUAGCCCAGGAGAAACUGAGAUGGAUCUUCUAGUUACUCGGGAGAGACCACGGCGUGGAAUUCGCAACAGUGGAUAUGAUACUGAACCUGAAAUUAUAGAAGAAACAAAUGUUGACCGAGUCAAUGAGCCUCGAAAUUAUACUAGAUCUCGCCAGGCUAAAGGCCAUUCAGAGACAUCAACUUUAAGUUCUCAGCCAUCUAUUGAUGAAGUUAGACAGCAGAUGCAUAUGCUAUUGGAAGAGGCAUUCAGUCUAGCCUCUGCAGGCCAUGGAGGACAGAACAGACAACAAGAUGCAUACAGCUCAACACAACACUUACCAUACUCUGAGGUUGUGACUAGUGCUCCUGGUACCAUGAGCCGACCUAGAGGAGGAGUUCAGUGGGUACCAACGUAUAGACCUGAAAUGUAUCAAUACAGCUUACCAAGACCAGCUUACAGGUUUUCUCAGCUGCCUGAAAUGAUAAUGGGCUCUCCCCCACCCCCUGUUCCUCCCAGAACAGGUCCUGUGGCUGUUGCCUCUCUCAGGAGGUCAACAUCUGAUAUUGGCAGUAAGACAAGAAUAUCUGAAGCCAGUGUGACUGAGCAAGCCCAACAUCAUGAUCCUACAUCUUUUGCUCCAAGUUCAAGAGCCCCGGUGUCUAUGGGUCCAUUGGAUCAGUCAGCUCUGAAUUACUCAGGAAAUACGGUGCCAGCCGUUUUUGCCAUCCCAGCAGCAAACCGAACUGGGUUCACAGGUUAUUUUAUCCCAACCCCACCCACAGCAUACAGAAACCAAGCAUGGAUGCCCUACGCUGGAGAGAAUGAAUUACCAGGGCAGUGGGCAGACUCAGUUCCACUCCCAGGCUACAUAGAAGCUUAUCCGCGGCCACGCUACCCACAUAACUCUCCUUCAAGACUUCAUCGCCAAUACAGUCAGCCUGCAAGCAUGCACCCCAGUUUGGAACAGGCUCCCUUACCUUCUACUGCAGCUUCUCAGCAGAGCCUAACAGAAAAUGACCCUUCUGACACUCCUCUCACCAACAUAUCUACAGCUGCUUUAGUGAAGGCAAUAAGAGAGGAGGUUGCAAAACUGGCCAAGAAACAAACAGACAUGUUUGAGUUUCAGGUGUAACCUCAUUGUGUGCUAUGUUCAUAUCAUGUAACUUGCAGUAGCCAAGGAAGUAAGUCCUUCAGUUUUCGGUUUAAAGCUUGCUGUGACUUGUGCCAAAGUGAUGGCAUUUUUCUUUUUCUGAAAAGUCAACUCUGUUGUUAUGGAAUAGAAUGAAACUGAACAGCAGGACUUGAAGAUACCCAUUCUGUUUGCCAGCUAAGGAGAUGCUGCCAGGUAACUGUUUGUUUAAUAGUGCUAAGUUCAGUUUAUGGUACGCAAUUGUUUGUCACUUAGCUCUUGACCAUGGGCUUUCAUUACUAGAGAUGCUACUAAACAUACAUCCGUGUAAUGGUAGAGUUUAUUAAAAGUAUUGGGGCACAGAACUGGAACUGUCUGAAAUAACGUCUGCAUGUCAAAACUUUCUUUCUUUGAUUAAAGAAAACAAUACAGUAGUACUGGGUAAACUGAAGGCCAUAAAACUUAUAUAGUAGUGAUCAGAUUAACAGUCCAUUACAGAACACUUGAUAAGGAGAGCCGAAGCCAGAGAAACAAGCCCAGUCCUUCUCUACUAGAGGCCACAUUCAGACCAAAAGAAUAUGAGGUGAGUAAGUAAGAUAAAUAAUUUACCCUGUAAAUAGCCCUAAGUCUCAUCAUCCUAUUCACAGUACAAAAAGCCUGAAACAAGAGAAGACUGGGAAAAGAGUUAAUCAUUAUUUUGGUAAUUUGUGGUUACAGUGCUCAUUAAAGCUGCUGUUGAAUGACAGAGGUGUUUUCAAUAUUAAAAGAGCCUAUACUGUAUGGUGGGAAAGAAAUUAACAAACGAAAUGGGUGCUAAAAGCUUCCAGGACCCUACAAAUGAAAAAUGGUAUUUGAGUUCACUCUACAUUCAAGAGUUUUUCAUUCUGAAUGCAUGUGAAGCUGGUAAAUUUGAGAACCUUGGGUGAGCCUAUCCAACCUGGAAGAACAAAUACACCUGCUUUUACAAGGAAACCUCUGUUUCACAUAGUGCUUUGUACUCUUUCUUGAACAAUGACAUCUAGUGAAGUGAUGCCAGAAAGUACUGCCUGAAGCUGUAAUUGACUUUGGUUACACUGGAACAAUGAAUAUGGCAGCGCUAGACAACUCAGUCUCUACAGGAAGCUCUGAAUGUGAAGGACCUGCUGAUUACAUGAAAGUGUAAAUAAGUAAACAAGUGUGUGGAUUUAAAAAAAAUACUGUUGUUCUGUGAAAAAGGGGUAUUUACUGAACCUAUGAGGAAUGUGUACUUUGCAAGAUAAAUGCCAUUAUCUGUUAUGCCGCAUAUAUGAGUCCACCCUCCACAAAAAAAAAAAAAAAUCAAUCCUCAUUGCUGAAUGUGACAGUAAUUCAUCUUUUGCAGUCAUACAAAAUUGUGGAAGAUCAAGAAAAAUGCUUCAAGUUCCUUCAGUAAUGAAUUGGGGACUAAAGUUGCUUAUGGGGCUCUGGUGUGUUGGGCACGUUUGAUGUCAAUUGGAGUUAAAGGUGAUGUCUUUCAUCCCAUUAAUUUAUUCACUUAGCCUCAAUUGCAUAUGCUAUUUUAUUUGAUUCUUGUGUUUUCCUAAUGAGUUUCUUUGGUCUUUAUGGAGGUGAAAAAGGGAGCUUGGUAUAGCUUUGUAGCAUUUGAGAGGACAAGGAAAAAGAGAUUGGAAAGUGGGGAGGGUGAUACUGCUGAAGCACAAACUUUUAAAGCAGAGCUAUUUUUUCAAAAAAAUAUUAAUAAUAAAGCCCAUUCCAGCUAUCCUGGAAUACAGAAAUGUCUCUUACUCAAAGACCUUAAAUAUUGCAAAACCUUUUGGACUGCUUGUUGUUCUUUAAACAAAUGUGAAAUUUCAUUUUUGUUAUUUUAAAAAAAUCAGAUAUAAAUAAAAUGUAUUUUUGUAAUCUCUGUGUAAAUAUAUGCUGUAUAUUUAUAAAAGUGACCAAUCUGCUGCGGACAGGAAAUUACCAUUAAACCGAUUGCAAAACGAGAAAAAAGUUAGCAACUUUAUGGAUGGAUAUUAGCAUUUGAGUCUUGGACUACACAAAUAGGCAGCUGGGUAACUCGAAUGAAUAAAGAACCAAAGAAACUCAGCCUCUCAUAACUAUGAGUCGAUGCACUGCUGUCUCAGUUCCCUGUCAGUCAAUUAAUACAAUCUCAUUUGUGUAACACAAGACAUCCAAAUGUAUUUUUGUGUUGAAUUGUUGUCUGCCUGAGAAUGUUGCAUUUAAAAAUCAAUGCUUAAAAACAUAGGGUCAACCUCAGCUUGCCAUAUACCUGGGUAGUUCCUGUCAGCUUCAGUGGGAACUGCAUUCACUGGCACUGGAGAUAAGUUGUCUGUUAAACCUUGUCUACAACAACAAAUUUCAUCCAUACUAUGUAAUUUUUUACAGAAAUGUAGUUAAACUAGUGUUUGACAUGAAGAUGUAUUUUUAUUUUAAAACAUCCAUUGCCUUUUGCAGUGAUUUGAAUUCAUUUUUAAAUCAUUCCUUUACUUAACCCAGUGCAGUUUAUUGUGUAGACAAGCCAUUACAUGCAACUGAAGUAAAAUCUUAGGUACCAGUCUUGCGGAAUUACACACUUGCUUGACUUUAAGCAAUUGAGUAGUCCUAAUGAAUUCACUAUACAUGGGGUUAAAGUUAAGCAUGUUCCUAAGUCUUGUCGAACUGGACCAUAAAACAUUUAAGAAAUUCCAUAUACACAAGGGCUUUGUGUGUCAUUUUAAACAAAAUUUAAGAUUUUAAUUUCAGUCUUAAAUUCCUUCUAGAGAGACAGCACUAUGAUUCCAGAGUUAAAUCAACUUAUCCUUGCCCCAGACAGCUGGGAAAGACUUGCUAGAUGUUUCAAGUUUUUUCUGUGUAGUAUUGUAUUUGAAAUGUGCUACCUGUUGAAAAUUCCCUAAUUCAUCACUUUAAAUACCACUGUGAUAUAAUUUAUUCACAGAGGAAUUUUAAUCUCUCCAUUCAUAAUGGCUUUUUAUCUUGUCUGUAACAUGUUUCUGCUGUAUGUUUUUUUUAAAGUUCAAAAAUAAGGUAAUAUGAAGACAAAAAGGACAUUCCUGGAAAGAGAAAUCAUGUUAUAAUAUUUAUGCUGUCUGAGCACAAUGCAAUGAUGAAGUAAGAAUAUAGUGUACAAAUAAUUUGUAAUAUAAUAAACAUUUUGUAUGGCUACGGCUGCAAUAUAGUUUUUCAACCCGAAUUUCAAAAAAAGAAAAUCUAUCCUAUCUACACAGUUAAAACUGAUCUCAUAAUAACUGUGGUGAUGCCAUAUUUUCUGGGAAGGACCUAGCCUGAAAGUGACUUCUAACAUCUGCAUUCAAAACUUCUAACAUUCUGUUACAGUUAUAUGUUAACAUGAAAAUGCCAUUUUAGCUUUCUUUUCUGUACAGAAAAUUCUGAUGUACUGAUCAAUGUCCUGUCUUUAGAUUUAUGAAUCAUUAGUAAAGUAAUCUGCAAAUGAAAACAACCACUCAGUAAUAGGUGUCUUUAAUAUAUAUGCUUUGCUGUAAUUAAGCAUAGUAGAACAGUAAUUCUAAAGGUAUAAGAGGGCAGUAUUUGAAACAUAGCUUCUUUUUCCCUAGAUAAAUUAAUUAUCUAGAUUUGGGAGAGGUACUAGUAGUGAUAGUAGAAACAAUAAUUGGUGUUUGUUUUUCAUCAUUUUGUGGGAGCACCAUAAAAGUGCAUGGCAUUCAUAUAUCCUCUAAACAGAUGGGAAUAUACUGUAACCUAAGCAAUUAUCAUCCCUUAUUCAGAAUCACUGUGCAAAGGUGAAAAAGAGAAGUGUAGUGCGGUAUGGAGAAAGGCAAAUGUGAGGUAGAGCUCUAAACUAAGUUAGCAGAAAGAACAGAAGUAGAUUUACUGACAAAUAAAAUAAGCCCUGACCCUUGGUUUUGGGGGCAAGGAGAUUAUUCUGCUGGUUUUUAUUUGAGAUGUUAAGAUUUUUGAUUAUUUAGAAUGAAUGUAUGUAUACCUCUGUGUGUUUGUAUAUUUUUGGCACAGAAAUGUAAAUGUAUGAUCUAGAUAAGUGCAUAUCAUAGAUAUCUGCUGUUCCCAGAAACAUAUGGGCACCUGAAAUCAGUAAUGCUAAUGCAGAUUAACACAAGCUCAUUUUGUGUUGCUGACCUUAUGCAUCCUUGCCACAUGCAAGUAGCUUGAGUGCUACAUCUAAUGAUGAUUGGAGUUGAUUAAAGGCCUGACCUCACAUUCCUUGUGUGUAUAACAUUCUCAUUGGUUUCCAAUGGCCUCAAAACAGUUGGGGAGAGAACAUGAUCAGGCUAAUGACAAGACUAAAACAGAUCAUGCAGCCUAGGAUCCGUGGGUCCCUUCUUGCAUGAUGAUUCCUACCAAUUAGAAAUUCUGGUGUUGUAGCAGCUUUACUUGUAGGAGCAUUUGCCUUUCCUAUUGAGGAUCAUUGUGCAUAAAAUUAGUACGGAGAGAAGCCACACACUAUACCUCUGCAAUAGUCUAUGAAUCAAUGCUUCCAGUUAACGCUAUUUUCUGUAGACAGAAUAAGCCCUAUAAAUGCUGGGUGUGGAUCCCUUUGAAACAACAGAGUUAUACCAGAUUUCUAUUUGGCUAAAUGGCUUCUAGUUACUCAGAGUGUGCUUGAUAUGACAUGUAAAAUGCAUACCAUGGCUCGUAAGGAAACAGAAUGUUUCAUGUUAGCUUAUACAUUUUAAAUAUAUCUUAAUGUAAAAUAAGAAAAGCUGCUGCAGCAACAUACGUUGCAUUUGUUAUAACAAGGUAGCAAUCAAAUUGAUUUUUAUACUCUUGAGAACUGAAUACUGUAGCCUUAUUACAAAGAUGCUAGUUCAGCAAGGGGCAUUUCAUGUUCAUCUGGAGUCAUGUUGCACCGCAAAAGUAGCAGGGUGGAGAAGAGUUAGGACCACUGACCGCAGCAGGACUGUGCAUUUAUCCAAGCGUUUGCAGGAUGACAACCUUCAUUUAUAUCAUGGAGUUCCCUCUCCCCUCUCCUGAGGACUGCAUGGAUAAAAUUGGAGGAUGAAUUUGGCAGAUUUACUUCAACAGAAAGUUUGCCUUCAUAAGGAUCUGCAUCUGCACGUUUGUAUUUGAAGAAUUUAUAGAAUAGAGUAUAGUGACUCUAGAAUAUAUAUAAAAAUGGCAGAUCCACUCCUAUCUCCAAAUAGCAUGUUUUCUAAGCAUUCAUGUAGAUUUGUACCCAAUAAACUGUCACCAGUCUGUUUGAUCAAAGAAACCCUCCUUAUACUAUCUCAAACACCUUUUCUUAAGGGGUGCCAAAGCAUGACCUGUCUGAGGAAAUAACAUACAUUUUACGAAGCAAAUAUGCGGAAGCAAAUCAUUUUAACCCAAUCUUCUCUAAAGGGUCCAAAAAAUUAUGGUCUUUUAAGAAAUUUUCUGAAAUUGGUGAGGAGGCUAUGUUGAAAUAAAUCAGUGUUGAGCUUCAUUACAAGCAUAAUAUUAUUUAUACGUAGUACUUUAUCUGUAAUUUUGAAAUACUAUCAAAUAGAGCCAAUACAGCAAGGGGGGCAGCUAUAUCUUCUAUGCUAAGCUGUCAUCACGAGUGGCUAAUGCGCAGCCUUAGUGAACUUUUGCUGUGUCUUAAUUCUCAAGAUUCAAGCUCAAUUAAGUUGUUAAUCUGUUUGUUUAACCAAUUUAUUUUAAGGAAUAGAUGGUCAUUUCUAUACAUCGCUGUAUGGUGGUGUUGCUACAGCACCAUACUGAACCACAGUGCAGUAUGGGCUGUUACUGCACCGCGCACGAUGCACACAGGUAAAUUUCUGAGCUAUGUCACUGUGGCAGCACACUAUAUUGGGGGAGCGUGCUUCUAUGGCAACGUAGCUGGCAAUCACAUGUAGACCCAUGUGGUCACUACAGCAUGCCAUACAGAGACGUAGCACAUCACUACCUUGCUGUAAGGUGAUGUGUAGACAUGCCUGGUUAUAUUUUUCCAUUUCUAUUUCAGCAAUGUAGAAAAAAAGGAUACUGGAUUUCAUCAUUUUGAAUGCUUUGUUGAACUCUACAUAUAUCUCAUAAUCAAUACGAAUUUUUGCUGUGAAGUGAGAAUUUGUAAGUGUUUAGUUUAUCAUAUAGAGUGGGUCCUUAUUUGUUAUUUUAAAAAGAGUAUGGCUUUGUGGAAAUCAUGUCCGGCUAACACUGCAACAUCUAUGCUGAGAAGUAAAAUGAAACUUGUUCUCCUUUCACCUUCACUGUAAACUGAGAAUAGCUCCAUAGAAAUCAGUAGAUUAUUAGCACCCCAACAGUGACUCAUACUGUUUUAGGCAUGACAAAGCAGUGAGAAAGCUGUAUGUAAGGAGCAACAAGGGAUUCCCCUUGUUCAGAGACAUCCUUACACUGCAGAAACCUAUAGCACAGAGUUGUGUUGUAGGUGGAACAGUGAUGCGAUGGGGCUUACAUAGAUAAACUGUAGUACAGCUGAUUAUUAUUAAUAUACUAGCCAGUACGAGAGCAUGACCGGCAGGUGAGAGUUCGAGUCACUAGCCCAACCCCAAAAUCACGGUGCAGAGAAGUGACUUAUGGUCAGAUUUUUUAAAAAUAUUUAGUUGCUUAAAAAAAUAUGGGUGCCCAGUUGGACUUUCAAAAGGAGAUAGGUGUCUAACCCCUAUUUGAAAAUCAUUGGUGCUUAUUUGCAUCUUUAGGUCUAAAUCCCUUUAAAAGUUUGUAGUAGUCUUGGAAUGGUGUUGUAUCAACGAUAGUUCAGGAAAUAUCAGAGUUCAUAUUACACUUUGACUCGGGGGGGGGGGGGGGUCUGCAAAAAAAAAUUAAAUUGGUUCAUUGAUUAACAAGUUUACCUAAGUGAAGGAGCAAUCUGAUCAGAGACCCACCCUCCCCGCCCCCCCCGGUUAUGAUUUUCAAAUUUUACAAGGGGGCUCUUAUCUCUUAUGGGGAGGCUCGGCUCCCCUGAGCUCCCCCUUAAUUUGCACACUGGGAAAUAUACAAGAGGCAAGGAUUUUUUUUUACUUUUGGUAAUAUUUUUUAUUGGAACAACUGGUUCAAUAAAAGUUUGGGAGAGAAAGACAGGUUUUCAGGCAUAAAGUGCCCUUCCUCAGGCCUGAAAAGGAAGCAAACAUAGGUCUUGCCUUCAAGUGUUGUUAUUACAGCCAUCUUUGCCACACUCCCUUCUGCUACCUCAAGCUUUGCUAAGGCAUUGCUAGAGGUUUAUUCUCAAAGAUUUAUAUCAGAGUAAACCUAGUGAAAGAUCAAAAUCAGGCCCAGAUCUGUUCAUUUAUCAAACACAGUCUAACAGCUGUGUUUGAUUUUAAAACUAUUUAAAUUCAAUGCAGAACUACUGGCGUAACUUGACUGAACCCUUCCACUGCGUAAAAAUAAUGCUUAUUUUGAAAAGUGCCUGAAUAUAUUUUUCAACAUUCAGCUGUUAUAGUUUCCAAGGAGCAAUUGCAAACUAUGACAUAAUGUAAAUAAUAACUGUAAAAAUAUGCAUUUAGUUAACAGACAAUAAUGGCUCAAAAUGAGUGUAAAUUAUAUAGAAAAUGUUCCCCUGAACACCAUAUUUACCAAGGAGAUCAAAUAUUCUUCCAGUGGUGAUUCAAGGAUAUGUGCCAGUUUGCUGAGGUUCUGUGCAUUUUUAUGCUUUGUAAACUGGUCUCAAAAUAUUAAGGCAUGCAGUGCCAUCAUUUAUGGUCUUACACCCAUGUCACAGAACACUAUCUUUUGCAGACUCCAACAGGACCAUGAUGAGUGUCUGUGUACAUGCUUUUUAAAGUGCUAUUUAUAAUAGAGUGUAAACACUUGUGCUUUUACUGUUUUUAAUUUGACAGUGGCUUUUACAUUUGACCCAGUUAACCAAUGUAGAUGUUCAAAAAUGGAUAUUUUGAUGUGUUAAGCAACAAAGUAAUGCUAAAAGAGCGGGUUGGAUCUGAGAAGCCUGUCACCUUCAUACAGGAGUAAGUGGACAGAUGUUUUGAUUCCUGCUGUGCAUGGGUUAAUUUAAUUUUGGAAUUGAAAAUCAUCACUACUCAUUUGAACAGAAUGUUUUGGAAGUCAGUUUUAUCCAGUUUUAAUUAAAGACAUUUUCUUGCUUUUGCUUCUUUUGUUUUUUGAAAAAAGUAUUCAAAUAAUAAGUCUCUUUCAGGGUAUGGACCAAAAAUUACAUUGGCAAUGCUUCCAAAGGGGAGGAGAAACUGCAGGAGCUGUUAUGCUGUAACUCAGCUAAACUAAUGGUGGUCAAGCAGGGCACCAGUCCCAGGCCCGGACUCAGAGGAGAUGUAGGAUUGUUGACCGCUGCUGUGGGCAGCGCAGCUCCCACUGAUGCAAAAACUGGUUGCUAUACUUAUCAGUAACAGUUAUGAGUGCAGGGGUUUAGGUUGUAGCCGUGUUGGUCUAAAGACAUAGGCAGACAAGGUUCCUUGGGUGAAUUUGAUAUCUUUUAUUAGACCAACCCAAAUGGUUGGAGAAUAGUUAUUAAGCAAGCUUUCGGGUUCAAAAACCCUUCGUCAGGCUAAGGAAGCUUCAGCAGUUGGUGUGUGCUCUUCCGGGAUGGAAUGAAAAGUAAACAAGCCAGGGGCUGGGCUGGGCUGGGGAGUCAGUUGCCAGGUAGAUUGUAAUGUACCAAAAAUCCAAUGUCUAUGUUUAGUCCCUGAUCUCUAGUAUCCAGGAGGUUGAUGAAAUGGAGCUCAUAGGCUCGUCUCUGGGAAGUGUUGUGUAAGUUUCCCUUGAGGAUCAGGACUGAGAGAUUGGAGAGAGAGUGGCCCUCCUGUGAGAAAUGUGCCCCCACUGGUAAUUGGGUGUUUCUGUCUUUGAUGGAUUUCCGGUGUGCGUUCAUUCUGGUGUGCAGUUGUUGUCUGGUCUCUCCUACAUAUCUUCCAUCAGGGCAUUUGUUGCAUUGGAUGAGGUAUAUUAAAUUUCUGGAGGUGCAGCUGUAAGAUCCUGGGAUGCUGAUGGCUCUGUUGUGGGGUGUAGUAAUAGUGGGGGUGGUGGAGAUGUGUUGGCAGGUUUUGCAUUUCUUGUCCUGGCACGGUCUGGAUCCUUUUGGUGUGUUCUGGGGUUGAGGAAGUUUGCUUCUGGUGAUGAGGUUGGUGAGGUUCGGUGCUUGUCUGAAGGCUAGGAUGGGUGGCUCUGCUGCUGUAGCAGUACAAGCGAUACUUUGACCCUGGAAGGUUAGAGUUGAAGCAGUUUUGCUACAUUUAUAUUACAACAGGCUUGUGCAUGUUACAGUUACAGUGUAACAGCUUCUGCAUGGUCCAGGGCUGCACCUCCUCCUGCCUUUUAGAAGUUUCUACGAAGGUACAUUUGUCUAUACUUUCAGGCUCGCAAACAGGGAAUAGCUGAUGGCAGGUUAACCCUAGGUUUGCAUUCGGCCCUUGACUUUUUGUUUGCAUUAUGCGAGAUGGGACACCUCAUCCCCCACCAACACAAAUUGGAAAUUGUUGUCCCUUAUACAGACUUCUUAACCUCAGAUGAAUUAUUUAUCCUUAAAAUGCCUUGGCUUCCCCAUUAGUUAAAAAGGGGUGACAUUUCUAAAGCGCAAAGAUAUGAGAAAAGUAAAUGUUAUCAAAAUAUGGGUAAAAAUAUUCUUAUUUCACAGAAUAUUGUGACAUUUAAUAAAUUAAUAUUUCUUAGAUACUUUAAGAACCUUGAGUAAAAGCUGCUAUAAUUCUCCAAAACAUUAUCUAUUAUAAAGUGGAAUUGCACAUUUGCUUAGGGUUCUCCAAAUUACUGCUUCCCAGAGGUUUAAAUAAUCUAGAGAAAUGAAUUUACUUAAAAAAAAGGCCUCCCAUUAUUGAUAUCUUUGUAGGUAUUAGCUUUUAAAUGUUUAGCAAGGGGGAAGACUUUCCUAAAAUGCAACAUUAAAUACAUAAAUGGCUCCCCUUUCCAUGCUAAUAAGCAUAUUUUGAUAAAAUUUACUUUUCUCAUUUCUUUGAACUUUAGAAAAUACUUGCCCUGCAUAUGAUAAAAAUAAACAGUUUACUUGAUUGCUUAAAGCUUGAUUCCUUUUAACUGCAACAAGUUAUAUAUCUGAAAAUUAUUCAUAACUUUUCAAAUGUAUUUUCAACUGAAAAUGGGUAAAUGAGUCUUUUGAAAUAAAAAAAAGCUGCAAAAUUAAGAGUUUGAGCAGCACUCUGUAACAUAUGGAAUUGAACUGAGAGUGAAAAUAAUGAAUAUAAAUUCUAUACUAUGCAAUUGUGAAUGAAAUGUCCAGGAACUGUGUCCUUUUUUAUUGAAAACAUGUUACAUACCAAUGGUACAAUUAUACAUACCAUUGAAAAAGCCAUUUAUGGUGUUUUGGGUCAUUAUCAAAUGGCUUUGUUUUCAUUUUGUAUUGGAGGGUGAUUACUGAAUAGAUGUUUGUGUUUACAUAGAAUUGGUUUUCCAUAUUGGUUUAUUUAGUUUAUUUGAAGUUGUAUAUGAUCUUUCUUGAAAAUUUUGAGCAUUAAAUAAAAUAUAUCUUAAAAUA